AUGGCAGGCCCCGGAAAAGGAAAAGUGUGUCUUGCCUACUCGGGCGGUCUCGAUACCUCUUGCAUCCUGAAAUGGCUUCUCGAACAAGGAUAUGAAGUCGUUUGCUUCCUCGCAAAUGUCGGACAGGAGGAAGACUGGGACCAAGUCCGCGCAAAGGCAUUGAAGCUUGGAGCCACCAAAAUGAUCAUCAAGGAUCUCCGCCGUGAAUUUGUCGAGCAGCUCUGCCUCCGCGCAAUUCAGUGCAAUGCCCAGUACGAAGGCACCUACCUGCUUGGUACGAGUCUUGCCCGCCCGGUCAUCGCACGAGCGCAGAUGCAAGCCACCCUUGACGAGGGAUGCCAAUACGUCAGCCACGGAUGCACGGGCAAAGGAAACGACCAAGUCCGCUUCGAAUUGGCCUUCCUCGCCAUCGACCCCAAGAUCAAGAUCAUUGCUCCCUGGCGCCUACCUGAGUUCUUCGAAAGAUUCGAAGGCCGAGAUGCGUUGCUCGACUACGCCGCCCAGAAGGGGAUUCCAGUAGCUUCAACCAAGGCCAAGCCUUACAGCAUGGAUGACAAUAUCGCUCACUGCAGCUACGAGAGCGGACAGCUAGAGGACCCGUCCAAGCCACCUCCAGUUGAUAUGUGGACUCGCACCAAUGACCCGAUCACUGCGCCCUCUACUCCCCAGGAAGUUACUAUUCGCUUCGAGAAGGGCCUCCCGGUCAAGGUCAGCUCCAACGGCAAGGAAUGGACGGACAGCCUCGAGCUCUUCACUGCCCUGAAUGAGCUCGGUAAGCUUCACGGCAUCGGCAGGAUUGAUAUCGUCGAGAACCGAUUCAUCGGAAUCAAAUCCCGAGGCUGCUACGACUCGCCGGCUAUGACAAUCCUGCGAGCGGCACACUUGGAUCUUGAAGGUCUUGUCAUGGACGGAAAGGUCCGAUCUCUGCGUGACCAGUUUGUUACACACGCGUGGUCGGAGAUCCUUUACAAUGGACUCUACUUCUCUCCUGAGCGUGAAUUUGUUGAGAACAGUCUUGUGUUCUCACAGAAGCGAGUCAACGGAGAAGUUCGUCUCCGCCUGUACCGCGGUAACGUCUGGAUCACGGGACGAUCAUCCGAAACCGAGAAGCUGUACUCCGAAGAGGAGUCAUCCAUGGACAGCCUUGUUGACUUCAGCCCUGUCGACACGACCGGAUUCAUCAACAUCACCGCCAUCCGUCUCAAGAAAUACGGAGUGCAGAAGCAGGAGGAAGGUAACAGCCUCGCAAAGCCGUGAGAAGAUUUGGUGUGUGCCCUGUCCCAAAAUGGCCAGUUGCUGGAGUCUGGAGUGAAAAUACAUGGAACGAGGCCUCCCAAUGUAUUAUAAUCAAACUGAACAAUCGUCUCUUCGAGACGCUAACAAAAGCACUGUUUCUACCUCUGGUUCCAAUUGCUACCUAUAUCUCCAGAAAAUAGAGGAUGGGAGGGAGAGGGGCCGUCACUCGGACAACCUCAAGUUAAGCGCUCUCCAACCUCGCAACCCCCAAGCAGAAAAUCACUCCACCGCCGCAACUCGAAUUGUUUCCAUGGGCACCUACCCCGAAAUCUCCAGAGAUAUUUACUAACGGGCGCCCCAAGGUGGUAAGUAAGGUAUCAGUCUUUCUUAUUCUAAUAUUCCAUUACGUUAGCUUUCACAACUUAUUUAGAAUUCUAAAAGCCUAUCGGAGUACCCCAAGUAGUCGUAAAGAGU